AUGUUUCCUUUCCAGCUACUCAACUUUUUCUUCGUAGCUUCCAAAAAGGAGGAGGACUCGAAACAUGACCUGUCCCUUUACAAGCGUGGUGAUUUAUUGGAAGUCCCCAGGACAUUAUUCACACAUUUUGGCAUCUACCUGGGGGACGACCGAGUGGCUCAUCUCAUCCCGGACAUCCUGCCUGUGUUCUCCAAGAAUAAAUCUGCAAUUGGAACGCUGGUAACAAAUAACCGCCUCCUGCUGGGGGCUAUCGCUAAGGUUGCCAGUGUCAGAGUGGACUCGGUGGCAGAUUUUGCGUAUGGCUCAGAGAUUCUGAUCAACCACAUGGACAAAGUGUGCAGCCAGCCUCCUUUGGACGGGGAAGAGGUGGCCAGAAGGGCUGAGAAAUUCCUGGGCUCAGUCACAUACAGCUUACUGUGGUACAACUGUGAACACUAUGUCAUGUACUGCAGAUAUGGCAUGGCCAUCAGCUACCAGACGUACCAGUUCUGCACAGCAGUACGGAAGAUUGUGUGCAGCAGGAUGAGUGCCUAUUUGACUGCACUGUGUGGUGUAGGAUCCAUGCUGUACGUGGGCUGCGUGACACCACUGACAGUUUUACCGACCCUGCUCAUCUCAUUUACCAUCUGGAUGGCAGCCUAAGGACCUCGGGUGGGACGGCUCAUGACAAAGACUAAUUUAACAUACUGGCGGAAGCUGAAAUCAAGUCCUAUGGUUCAGCUGCAUGACUUAAGUCGUUGGGAAACAAAGGCGUUCACUAUAAUAAGAAUAUC